AAUUGUAGUGAAGUCCUCCAUCCUUCCCACCAUCCUCAGCCAGGCGGAGCGGAGAAAGGUCGUCUUUGCUGGUCACCGACGGAGGCGAGAACAGGGGCAGAGACUGACAAGAGAGGGGGAAAAGGGAGGGGUGAAAGAGAAAACGCAAGAAGGGAAAACAGAGCGAGAAGGGACACUCUGACAGAUUUUACUCUCAACGACAGCCAAGCAGAACACUACUUUUAUCAUUCCAUUAACGUGGAGCCAAACAUUUUGGAUUUCUGGAACUUGUGUGCACUACGGCUGAUGCGAAUGGGUGCAGCCUGCUGAGCACCGUCCAGAUUGCACUAUACCAGAGAAGCAGAUGAUUCUGAGUGCCUAAUCACUACUCUUCCCAGAAUAGUAAAGGGUCGCAGGGAUCAGCGGAGCCAAUCCCAGCCAACACAGGGCGCAAGGCAGGAAACAAACCCCGGGCCCACCGCAGAAAGGCAAUCAUAAAUUUGAAAAUGUCUUCUAAAAUGUCCACCACAAACAACAUUGCGGCCGCAAGGAGACAAGUCCAGCAGCUCAGAAUAGAGGCCAGCAUUGAGCGAAUAAAGGUUUCAAAGGCAUCUGCAGACUUGAUGAACUACUGCUAUGACUAUGCCAAGAACGACCCCCUACUGGUGGGCAUUCCUACUUCUGACAACCCUUUCAAGGACAAGAAGCCGUGUACCAUAUUGUAGUGUUAAAUUGAACUUUGUGGGUUUUUUUAUGUUUGCUUUUUUUUUAAGGACGAAAAAAAUGAACUUAAUCUCUUUUAUUACUCUUUUUUUUUCUUUUUUAAGGCCCCCUGGAACCCACUGUAAGUGAAUUUAUUGAUAGAUUGGUUAAACUGAUUUAAUUAUAUAUUUCAUUUCUUGUACAAAUACAAGCCAAAAGUGACCAUUUCUGAAAUUAGUGUAAACAGAACUAAUAUUUGUGGGAAUUCUGAGCUGCUUGAAUGGUUUUAAUUAUAUUGUUCUGUGGCCAAGACCAAAGCUGCCUCUUAAUUGUUUAUCAUACUUACAAUGGGAAAGGAAAAUGUCUUAGUAGUUUUUCUUUUAAAUAGGUGCAAAAGGUACUUACUUUAUACUGAUUAUGUAGUCUCUUGAAUUUCACCUAAAAUGUGUAUGAUAAACAUCAUUUUUUAUCUAAUAAUACUAUGCUUAUUUACAUUUAAAAUAUUUUUGAGAUGACAUUUCGUAAAAUUUUCCUACACAAUUUAUCUGCCUAAAUUUUUUUUUUUUUUUUUUUUUUACAAAAGUGAUAAAUCUUUUUGAAAUAUAUUCUCUAUUCAUCUGUGACAGUGAAGAUGGCAGCAGUGCUGUGCCCUUUUCAUUAAAGAUUUUAAUUACAUUAGAAUGACUGUGGCACUCCAGGGAAAAUAAGAUCAGAUAUUCUUCAGGACUGUUGCUGAGAAAACAACAGGCCUUACAGUUUCCAAAACAUCACAGUUCCAAUACAUUAAUUCAUUCACUUCACAUGAGAUGCAGACUACCAAAUGUACACUCUAAGUAGCAUCUAAACAUCUACACGUCAAUUACAACACUUAUCACAAUUACAAGUAUUUGAAAUUCAUUUCCAUCAACACAUCUGAAUAACUAGACAUACACACUUACAUACAUACAUAACUUUAUAAGUAGAAACACUCAAGGGUAUGUACACGUGGUUGCAUUACAAUACCACAUUUUUUCACUUUUAUUGAGGCACAUGUACAACAGAAGCAGAUUAAGGAAUUCAGUAAAAUGUGUGUCAUGUGCAAAAGAGGAAACUUUGUACACUUAGUAACACUAUUAAAGUGUCCACUCACAGACCUCUCAUGAUUAAGAAUCCAACAUGCACCUGCAGCACUACUUGAAUAGCUAAAUAUCCAUAUUGUCCUAGUGUGUAUAUAAACACAGGGAACUCCAGUUUCUGUAUUACAUCUUGCCUGCAGAAGGGGCCCGAGUUUCCUUGAAAGCUUGCAUAUUGUAAGCCAAUAAAAGGUGUAAUUUUGCUUGACUUUUCACUACACUUAAAACAUCCAUCCAUCCAUCCAAUUUCCAACCCGCUGAAUCCGAACACAGGGUCACGGGGGUCUGCUGGAGCCAAUCCCAGCCAACACAGGGCACAAGGCAGGAAACAAUCCUGGGCAGGGUGCCAGCCCACCGCAGGACACACACAAACACACCCACACACCAAGCACACACUAGGGCCAGUUGAGAAUCACCAAUCCACCUAACCUGCAUGUCUUUGGACUGUGGGAGGAAACCGGAGCGCCCGGAGGAAACCCACGCAGACACGGGGAGAACAUGCAAACUCCACGCAGGGAGGACCCGGGAAUCGAACCCAGGACACUUAAAACAAUUAAGCCUUUAUUAGAAAACAUCUCAUAAACAUAAACAAUACUAAACACUGUGCAAAUAUAAAACACUAAUCAAAAUCAGUUCAUGUAUCCUCUACCCACUUCGCAUGAAAGUAUUACACUAAAAAAACUAAUAGUGCACAAUUCUUCAGGGUUGAAUUUCAUAACAAGCAUUUUAGUCCUGCUACAGAGACUUAGAGAUUGUGAAUACAUGAAGUCUUCUUGGUAUCUACUUAAAUGUUGUGAAAACCAAAGUAUUUUUAUUUUAAUCUGAAAAUCCUAUUAAACUGCUGUAGUCGCUAUACAAUUUCUUAUCUGAUAUUAUACUUUUUAAUCCUUGGUUUCUAAAUGAUAAAGUGGGCAGUCAGUUUGAUUGUGAAUUUGUAGGUAAUUUAAUAUAUGUUAAAUUGGUGUUAUAAUUAUUGGUAUGUUUUGUAUCUGUGCCAGUUUUUCAUUAAUAUUAGCAAAUACUUAUGGGCUUUGAAACAGUUCUUCCAUAAAACAACUUCCUAAUCUGUUAAUAUUCCAGAUUAAGAUUUCAGGAUUCCAGUAAAAGAUGAACUUUUUCACAAAAUAUAAGUACACCCCUCAUUUGUCAGUAUUAAUUUAGUAUCUAAAUUGCAGAAAAAAUGACACCUGUUUUACUAAGCAAACUGUUUUUUUUAACCUUGGUUAGGAUUUGUGCACUAGUGUUGAGAACUCCACCUUUUGUGCUGUCUUAUUAAAGUCUGAUUGUAUAGAUAAACUUGAGACAUACUAUACAGUUUAUUUGUACUCUGUGUUUAGAAACCAUAUGUGUAGCUAGAAUAAUCAACACAUUCCAGUUAUAACUAGUGACUUCUUGGAAAAUACUGCUAUGGAUCUGGGGCCUCAAAAAAAACACAGAUAAGGUGAGGCCACAAGUGAUGUAGGUUCAAAGGCACAUGUUCAUUCAUUCUCAUAAUAAUCGCAUUGUAAGAAAAUAUGUACAUCAAUGCAAAGAGGGCAAAGACUGCAGUGUUUCAGUUAUAUCUGGUAUGUUUACACUUACUCAAUGUUAUUUUCAAAGCUUUUCAUUGGAAUAUCACAAAAAUCCCUCUUGCAUACGGACUGUUUUAAUACAACAUUGCAGUCACACACUUUCUUGGAGUUUAAGGUAACAGAGACACAGUUAAGGUCUCAUUAGGUCCAACAAAGGAAUGGAUCUGUUUCUGACUUAAAAGUACUGAGCACAGAGCUGCCACAUUUUACUUUAAUUGCAUAAUCAGGGUGAAAAACAUAUUACUUGAAUUUAUUUGUUUGAAAAAUUUGAGCCAGUUUAGUUUUGCUUUACUCUUUGAAUCUGGUUAUGUGGACUCUUUAGAAAAAAGUUAUACUAUUCACUCUGAUUACUGUUAAACCUUGGGAUUUUAAAACUAUAUAUUCUAUAAUAUAUAGGCAUCAGAGUAUGGUAGUUAAAACCAGAAGUUCUGGAAAAUAAAGGUGAAUAAGCACAACACUACAUUUAUGAGUGGAAUUGCUAAGAAUAAUAAUGUAAAUACCUGUAUUUUCUAAGUUGACACACUUGGCUAAAUUACCUCCAUUAAUGUUUGUGAAAGCAGACUACAGUGUUUUGUACCAUGUAAUAUGUCAUUGAUGAAAAUGCAAGAAAAUCUCUGAAUCAAGAGUUAGAUUUAUAUAAUUGCACUAUUUUUUACAGAAAUAAGCACACAGUGUCAUUUUUCAUUUUUUCCUCCCCACAUUACAUCACACAUACACAGCACAUGGCACCUGUUCCUCAUGAAUGUGGCAGUUUUGCUUCUAGAGUAAUAGAGUGCCUCACCUCAUGUAUUCAGAUCUUUAAAAUGCAUUGCAUGUUAUUUUUGUAGCAGUGUUGUCAAAGGAUGAUAUGGAGGUCAGACACUUUCUCUAUCUUAAUUUAUGUUCACUGUAUGAGCGUAGUUUCUUUGCUGUGUAAAACAGGCAUCUUAUAACCCUUUGAUAAAUUAUAAAAUGUAAUUUUAGAAGGACAUCUCUUAAAGAUUUUUUCUAUACUUCCCAAUAUUAUUUUGCCAAUAUGCUGUAGGUUACAGGUACCAUAAUAAAUUUCUGGUGAUAUUUUUUUAAAUUCUAAGCAAAAUAAAUCAGUCUUUUUUAAUAUUGUAAUUGUAGUUUUGUUUAGAACUGUUUGUGUUAAAAUCAAUAUAUAAUUUGUCUAAUGAUUUCAUUAAAGAAAUUACAAGCAUUGUUGCUUUGUAUAACUUCUGUAUUAUUCAAUUAAAACAAGAUAAUAUUCAGAUGACCUAAUAAAGUUUUACAUCUGUUUUUGAUUGCUAUACUAUUGCAGCUGCAUUCGUAAGUUACUGACUAUUGAUAAUCCUUUCUUACAUUUGAAUUUAGUGCUGGUGCCUUUCACAAUUUUACAGAACCUGUGUAUCCAGUUUUAAAUUGAGUGGAACUGGAGUCUAUGCAAUCAAUCCUACAAAAAGAGAUGUUCAAGAAGAAAAAGAAGAGAAAGGAAUCAUCAUAUAAACAACCUUACAGUACCUAGUAGCAUGCCAAGCUUAGCUGUCCUCUCCAACAAAGUUACAUUAGUAAUCUGAAACAGUGUUAACUUAUAGAGCUGCAGUAGUAAUAGUAAUAGUAAAUUUUUCAAGUGUGUAUAUAAAAUGCUGACUGAAUAAAUGAGAUUUAACAUAA